CAAAAGAAAAUCUGAAUGCACUUCACCAACUUUGAAUUUCCUCUUUCUUGAUAAUGAAGAUGAUAGUAAAUAUGAUGAAGAUAAUAAAGUUGAUGAAGGUGAAGAUGGUGACGAAGAUGAUAAAGAUGGUGAAGAUGAUGACGAAGAUAGUGAAAAUGAUGACGAUGGUGAAAAUGGUGAAGAUGAUAAAGAUAAUGAAAAUAGUAGAAAUAAUAAAGAUAACGAAGAUAGUGAUGGUAAAGAUGAUAAAGGUGAUAAAGAUGGUGAAGAAGAUAAUAGAGGUGAGGAUGGCAUGGUAGUAUCAUUAGGAGGAGAUGAA